UCCUCUUAGAUUAAGCAAUGAUACCACUAUAUAUAUAACAAGCAUGGCUCCUAUAUAAACAUUUAAUGAUACCACUAGAACCAGAGGAAUUAUCAGUACGUAACCAACUGCUCCACUAAACAUGGAGAUGAGUCGCAGUAGUAAUGUCAGUGGUGGCGGCGUUGGCAGCAAUGACGGCCCUCUGUUCGACAGUUUUAGGACGGAACUGCUGUCUCCGGCUGCAGUGGAUCAUGAGUCUUCCUCAUCUUCAUGGAGGCUUAAAGUUAGCGAAUUCCGUCUUCCUGAACGCCGCUCCUCCGAUCAUCACUCCUUCAGUGUCCGUCGUCUACUUCCCACUCCCAGGAAACAGGGUAAAAUUGCUGCAUACUACAAAAAGCAAGAAAGGCUGGUUGAAGGGUUCAAUGAGAUGGACACCAUAAAUGAAUCUGGUUAUUUACCUGGAAGUCUUACUGAGGACGAAAUGAAGCAACUUGCUAGGAGUGAAAGGAUGGCUAUUCAUUUAUCAAACAUGGCUAAUGUGGUUCUUUUCUUAGCAAAAAUCUACGCUUCUGUUCAGAGUAGAUCUUUGGCUGUAAUCGCAUCAACGUUGGACUCCCUCCUGGACCUCUUGUCAGGGUUCAUUCUGUGGUUCACUUCUAAUGCCAUGAAAAAUCCAAACCAGUAUCACUAUCCUAUUGGGAAAAAGAGGAUGCAGCCAGUGGGUAUUAUUGUUUUUGCAUCUGUAAUGGCCACACUAGGAUUACAAAUACUAUUCGAGUCUGGCAAAGAACUCAUAAAUAAGUCUCGCCCUGAAAUGGACCUUGAGAAGGAAAAAUGGAUGAUUGGGAUUAUGGUCUCUGUCACUGUGAUCAAGUUUCUGCUUAUGGUCUACUGUCGAAGGUUCAAAAAUGAAAUUGUAAGAGCUUAUGCCCAAGACCAUUUCUUUGAUGUUAUCACCAACUCAGUUGGAUUAGUGACCGCUGUUUUAGCAGUCCGAUUUUACUGGUGGAUUGAUCCUACGGGUGCUAUAAUUAUAGCUGUGUACACAAUUAGCACAUGGGCGAAGACAGUGGCUGAAAAUGUCUGGUCACUCAUUGGAAGAACAGCUCCGCCAGACUUCCUUACGAAAUUAACAUAUCUUAUAUGGAAUCAUCAUGAAGAGAUCAAGCACAUUGACACGGUCAGAGCAUAUACCUUUGGCGCGCAUUACUUUGCGGAGGUUGAUAUAGUGUUGCCAGAGGACAUGCAUUUGCACCAGGCACAUAAUAUUGGUGAAACACUGCAAGAAAAAUUGGAACAGCUCCCUGAAGUUGAGCGUGCUUUCGUCCAUAUAGACUUUGAGUGCACUCACAGACCAGAACACAAAAUCACAGUGUAAUGACAUAUUGGUUGCAUCAACUACGAAUAACACCCUUACUUAAAAUAACAUUCAUGUUGUCUUCUUAGGGUUUUUUUUUUUUUUUGAUAAAUGUUGUCUUCUUAGAGUUGAAUCUAUGAAUUAUUCGGAUCUCAUGGAUUACGGCUUAUGAGAUGGAACAUUAGCAUCCCAAAUACCUUGUAGCAAUGAAAGUUUUGCUUGAUUACCAUUUGAGAUA